AGUGACGUAUGUCGUUUGUCGUAUCUGUCUGCCAAUCUGCCAUUCUAUUAAAUUUUCUUUUCAAUCACUAUCUUUUCGCAAAUUAUAAAAUGGAUAGGGCCAUGUACAAGUGUUAACAUUAUUGUUUUUAUUUUUAUGUUGUUUUAAUGUUUCGAAGUAAUAAGCAAAAAUGAGUGUGUUCAAAUCUGCAAUGGGGUACUUCAGCUCUGGAAGUGCCAACGGGGGCAGUGAUAAUGAUUUUGUUGGUCAAUUUGUCGAAAUCGGAAAUAUGAAACUUAGGGUCAAAAAAGUUAUAGCAGAGGGCGGUUUCGCAUUUGUAUUUGUAGCACAAGAUGUCGCAUCUGGAACGGAAUAUGCCUUAAAAAGGCUAAUGGCAGCUGAUGAGCAGGCUAAUAAAAAUAUUAUACAAGAAAUUAGUUUACUAAAGAAGCUCUCCGGACACCCGAAUAUAAUUAAAUAUAUUGCUGCCUCAUUUAUUGAUAAAACGAAAACAACUCAUGGGAUGAGUGAAUAUUUGUUGCUAACAGACCUAUGUAGUGGAGGCAGUCUUAUGGAGGCUUUACAGAAUAGAGGGCAGGCGUUCCCGUUGCCGACAAUAGUGAGAGUGUUCUAUCAAGCUUGUAAGGCUGUGCAACACAUGCACGUCCAAGUGCCGCCGAUAGCUCACCGUGAUCUCAAAUUAGAAAAUUUUCUUAUAUCUAACGAAGGUACAAUAAAAUUAUGUGAUUUUGGUUCUGCAACAACUGAGGUAUAUACUCCCAACCCCUCAUGGAGUGCAAACCAAAGGAACAUGCUAGAAGAAAAUUUGGCCCAAUUCACAACGCCGAUGUACAGAGCGCCAGAGAUGUUGGACACAUGGGACAAUAGAAAGAUAGAUCAUGCGGUCGAUAUCUGGGCGCUCGGGUGUAUUCUAUACACUCUGUGUUACAUGCAACACCCGUUCGAGGACUCUGCCAAAUUAGCUAUACUGAACGGCAAUUACACUUUGAACCCAAAUGAUCAGCGCUACAAAUGUUUCCAUGAAAUAAUAAGUGGUUGUCUGACAGUGAACCCCGAGAUGCGGAUGUCGAUCAGCGGCGUGUUGGAGCGGCUGGCGGCCAUAGCGGAGACACAAAACGUCAAUAUGAAGCAACCACUCAAAUUUGAGCGUAAAAAAGUUGAACAAUCUGUGGCCACUAGCUCGCCAGGAGUCAAAGACAACGGCCCAACGAUCCCCGAAGUGUCCCGCCCCCCGGAGCCGGCUCGCCCCCCGCCCCCCGCGCGCCCCCCCGCCGCGCCCCACUACGCCGCACAACCCCCCUCGGGGGGACUGUUCUCCUCGAUCAAAGAUGGCGCUGGCAGCUUCUUGAAGAACUUGAAGGAUACCUCGUCGAAGGUCAUGCAGACUGUGCAGCAAUCAAUAGCUCGAGCCGAUUUAGAUAUAAGCUAUAUAACUAGUCGUGUUAUUGUGAUGUCGUACCCAUCAGACUUACUGGAGAGCGCUUACAAGACCAACCAUAUUGAGGAUGUACGGCUAUACCUCGAGAGCCAUCACCCGGGCGGCAAGUACUGCGUGUACACAGUGCACGAUGCAAAAGCUCGUUUCCCAAGACGGCAACUCGUUACCGAUACAUCAGUAUGGCCGAGCGAAGAGCAUAGAGCACCAUUACUAGCUCCUUACUACUCGCUAUUACAGCAUAUGUAUCAAUACUUGGGAAGGGAUGAUAAGAGCGCACUCGUUAUCGCCUGUCCGGAUGGAAAAUCUCGAUCUGCUAUGUUAUUAUGUGGGUUAUUGUUAUACGCGAAAUUGGUAACCGUACCUGAAGACGCCCUUCAAAUAUUCGCUGUGAAACGUACACCUAUCAAUAUGACACCGAGCCAAUUGAGAUAUUUAUAUUAUUUACAUAAUAUUGUCAGACCUGAACCAGUGUUACCUCACUUCCGACCUGUUUCCUUAGUAUCGCUUACGAUACAGCCAGUGCCAUUAUUUACAAAAGCAAGAGAUGGUUGCCGACCGUACCUAGAAGUGUUCAACGAAGAUAGAAUAAUAUCUCCCCCGUUACGGAGCUAUGAGAGUUUACACCUUUACAAUAUGACAGAAGGAAAGGUAACUCUCCCGCUAGACUCGACCGUAACUGGCGACGUGCUAGUGGUAGCGUACCACGCGCGCCAGCAGCUCGGCCGCCUGCAGCGCGUGCCGAUGCUCUCGGUGUCCUUCCAUACUGGCUUCCUGGCGUACGACCAACACGCCAUCAAGUUCACCAGAUCAGAAAUAGACGGUAUAGACGAGACAUCACCGAUGAACGAGCACUUUUCAUCAAACGUGUCAGUGGUGAUAAGCCUCGUGGUGCAGAACGGGGAACGGCGCAAACCGCGCAGUGACGUAUGGGAGGAGGACCAUUCCUUUGCCAUACGGACACCUGAUGUUCUGUUCUCUACUACAUUGGAGAGAGAUGAAACGGUGGAUAACUUUGCUAAUCUCCGAAGGAACCCGCCCCCAGUUCCACCAACAAUAACAGCAGAUUAUCCACCACGCGAAGAAAAACGUCCCCACCGUCCAGCCCCACCGUCCCCACAACGUCCUCCUCCACCAAAAGUAUCCACAAUUACUACCAAUCCCACUCUUUCUGCCAAUCCCACUCUUACUGCCAAUCCCACAGUUCCUACCAAUCCCACUAUUCCUACUGACACGACGGAUACAGCUGAUUUCCUGAACUUAAGCAAACCGCAAGAGGAAGCAAAACCCAAACUGAAGACCGAAGACUCGUUCGACUUCUUUGGCAUGAUGGAGAAACCGGCGGAUGAAUCGUUUGGCGACUUCCUGAGCAAGAAAGUUGAGGAUAAUCCAGCGCCUUUCUCUGAGAACAUAUUCGGCGACCUCCCACCACCGCCUACAGCAGCCGCAGCUAACUCCAGCGAUAUUAACUUCGACCCGUUCGGUUUGAACGAUCCUCUGCCUAAACAGGAACCACUGUUGACUCCUCAAUUGAUUAAAGAGGAAGGUCGAUCACAAAGCGUACCACUCGAAAAGGCUCAAGCACGUCAGGAUCCAUUCGCUGAUCUUGGUUCAUUGGGAACGGGAUUGAAUACUGGUUCUAAUUCUAGCAACAUUGGCCAAGCACCAAAUGUACCUCUCACAUCGGCCAACGUUGGCCCCAAUGUGAUCCCCACUGUGCCGCCAAGUAACGCGAGUGUUGGUGCGUUUGCGGCCAAUGUUGGCGCAACACCGAUUACUACGCCAAGAGCUUCCCCAGCACAUACACCUUCGCAUCGAGCGCAAACACCACAACAACCUGAUUAUAGCCGCAGCCACUUCGACCCGCCAAAAGCUCCCGGCGAGGAAAAAGUCAAGAAGCCAAUGGACGUGUUCGGCGAUCUCCUCGGUAGUCAAGGCUACGACUUUGCGAAGCGUGAAACUGGACCGAAGACAAUGAACGCUAUGAGGAAGGAAGAGAUGGUUAAAGAAAUGGACCCGGAUAAACUGAAGAUUCAUGACUGGACGGAGGGCAAGAAAGCCAACAUCCGUGCGUUACUGUGCUCGCUGCACACAGUUGUAUGGGCGGAUUGUCGCUGGGCGCGCUGCGACAUGGCGCAGCUGGUGUCGGCGCAGGACGUCAAGCGCAACUACCGCCGCGCAUGCCUCGCCGUGCAUCCCGACAAGCAAAUGGGAACAGAGAACGAGAACAUAGCUAAAAUGAUAUUCAUGGAACUUAAUAACGCAUGGAGCGAAUUCGAGAAUGACGCUAAGCAACAAAACUUAUUCCAAUCUUAAUUCAAAAGAUAUCGAAGUGAUCUUGAGCGUAACUUCCAGAUCUUUCGAUACAAAUAUUUCGUUUUAUUUUAGGAAUACUACAUUAUUUAUACCACGGAAAUUAUAUUCUUUAGUUCUAAAAAAAGCGCUCGACUCUUAUGCAUUCUUAUAUUUUUUUUUUAUGUUGGUUAAAUAUAAUUUAUAUCAUUUAAUACUCUUUCAAAUCGGCGUUCUUACGAUGUAAGAGCUAGGAUCGAAGAGAAAACAACUCAAUUUAGUUGUCAACUUCGUAUUUUCUUUUUAGAGAGUACUUACAUUUUUACUUAAUUAUAAAUGACGGUAGUCGAAGAUAGUACACAAAAUUAUUAUUUAUUGAACACGAAAAUAAAGAACAGCACUUUUUAUUUAUUUCAAUAUGUGUUGAAGAUGUGCUUAAAUAACGUAUGAAUACAGAAUUGUCUCAUUUUUGUAAAGUACCCUCUUAAGUUUUUUUUUAUUAUCAUCAUCAACGGGCUGUCUUAUUUAUUUUUAUUUGUGGCAGUUAACAAAAUUAAUGCUUAGUAUAAUUUUUGCUAGACGAAUAAAUAAUAUACUCAACAUUUAUAGAUUUUAAUACGUAAUUAUGAACUAGUUGAAAUAGAAAAAUAAAAUGAUCGAUAGGCAAACGUCCCAGAAUUUAAACAGAGUAUUGUACAUAACGUUAAUUCGCUUUUCAAUUAAUUAAAUUAAAUUUAAAAAUAGAAAAAAAAAAUCUAGCAUUCAUAAUUUUUAUUUUCUUUAGUGCAAAGUAUUAAAAAUUAUAUUGCAAAAAUUCUUGAUAAUAAUUUCACGAACGCGUUUAUGUAUAGUUAGAUAAAUAUAGCUUUGAAUUAUUUACAUAUAUUUUGCGGGGAUAAAAUUCUAUGUAUUUUUUAAAUUAGUUUAAAAUUUUAUAAUUCUUCUAGACAAAGUCUGAACUGGUACUUAUGUAAAAUAUUAAGUAACUUAAAUGUUAUAGUCGUGUUUUUUCUUGUAUUCGAAAUUCGUUUAUUAGAUAGAGUAGAUCGUUAUAAAUACAAGUACAUAUUAAAAAUAAUUUUUCUCACGUAUAGCGUAUUGUAGAAGUUAUAUUUUCUCAUUGUUAGUGUUAAGUGCGCGUGAUGGAAUAAGUAUUAUGUUAAUCCAAAUAAUAAAAUGGUGAACAGUUUUGGUGGUUGAAAAUAUUUAAACGUCAUUGAGCUUAUAGUGGGAGAAUUUUAUACAUUCCGUUGUCUCGUCCUUAGAUGAAUAUAAUUUUGUCGAUAUUUCAAGCUUCUUAGAAAUAACCCGAGUAUAACGAAAAUAACUUAUUUAUGAACGAAAAAUAAAAUGUAUAUUUUGAAAGGCAAAAUUGUUGCAUUUACGAUACCUAAUGCAAUUUAUUAAUAUUUAUUUCUUACAGUCCGCUUAUUGAAACCAGUGCAAUUUUUCCUAGCGUUAGUAUUCUUAUAGAUGCUUGUGAUGGCCUACAAUGUAAUUAUAUAUCAAGGUAUAAGGCCGCGGACACACGUGACGUGUAUCCAAUCUGUGUAUAAUUUGCUUGAAUCGAGUAUAUAAAACAAAGUUGUUCGAAAAUAAAAUGGCAAAUAUA